GACAUUUAAACCACCUUGUACAUAAAAAAUGUUAAAAAUUAAUUAUCUAGAUCUUGUCAGACUUUUAAUUUUCCUAUUGAAUUACAGAUUAGGGAUAACAAAUGGCAACUUAGAACCCGGAAUUGUCACAAGGAAGAAAUUAAACUCAAUAACGGACCAGUCAUUUUACCCCGUCUCUAAUACGUCCGAUCACACCACCAGACAAAUUAACCGCCCUGCAAUCCUUCUCGAACCUAAAGGGGGUUUCGGAAACCAACUAUUUCAAUACGCCUGCCACUACGCACUCGCACGGAAACAUGAUCUCCCCCUUUAUAUCAGACUGCCCACCGGAAUUCCUACUAAAAUUCAGAAUAAAAUGGCGCGCAGCCGUUUCCCGCUGAUGCAUCAUCCCUUUUCCCUAGACGCCCUUAACGUUCCCCUCUUCCCUUGGAAUUCUAUCGACGCGAUGGAUCAAAUUACUUACAUUACAGAUUCCGACCUUCUAUCCGGCUCGUACUUAUCGUUUUUGAACAAUAAUUCUGUCCUGAGUCUGACUGGGAGAGAUUUUUGUCAGUCGGAAACUUAUUUCGCACAGUACCGCGACGAACUUAAGGAGAUGUUCGAGUUUAAGCGGGAUCUUCAAUGGAGCAAGGAAGUCAUAUCGUGGGAAAAUAUAAUUCGCGACAAAGGUACCGGUGACACCGUGGCGAUUCACAUGCGUCGCGGGGACUUUGUCCGGUUAAAAGCAACCACCCCGGAGUCCUACUAUGCCUCCGCGAUUUCUAGUCUUCUCUUGAAGCUUAGGAACAAUUCUCAGAAAUCUGAAAACAUUACUUUCUUCAUAUUUUCCGACGGGAUGAAUUACGUUAGGGAAAAGUUGCUACCAAAAAUUUUACCUGUGCUAGAAAAUCAUCAAGUUCACAUGGUCUCCAAUCCGUACCGUUUGUCGGGUCUCGACGAGUUUUAUCUUUUAACGAAAUGUAAACAUUUUAUAAUUCCGAACAGUUCGUUCGCCUGGUGGGCCGCGUAUUUGGGAAAGUUUGAGGAGAAAAUAGUCUACGCUGCCAAAUUCAGGAAAGGCUAUGUGAAAUGGCUGUACCGCGGAGAUAAUGUGGAGAGACAAGAGUUUUAUUUGUGGCAGUAUGGAAACAUUUAUUAUCCGAGUGGGUGGAAUGCCAUUGAUCCAAAGUGGGAGAAUGAGGAAUAAAUGUGUUAAGAAUAAAAUUAUAUGCACGUAUUUCUUGUGAGUAA